UUUGCAGUCAGUUUAUGCCCAACUUAUCGUUAUGACGUACGUGGAGUUUGCAGUAAACGGAAGAAAAUGUCGGGUCGACAACAGAUUUCCUCGCUACCUGUCCCUAAAUGCCUACAUCAGGUAUUAUCUGGAGUUACCCGGGACGAAAGCCAUGUGCCACCAAGGCGUGUGUGGUUCUUGUAUCGUGAUGGUGCACGCUUACAGACCCACCUUCGGAACAUUUGAAACGUUUUCUGUUAAUUCCUGUCUCGUCUUGGCUGUAUCCUGUCAUGGGUGGGAAAUAACAACAAUCGAGGGGGUGGGGAACCGGCGCGUUGGGUACAGUGAAGUGCAGAAACGCAUGGCUGCUAACAAUGCCACGCAGUGUGGGUACUGCACCCCGGGAUGGGUAAUGCAGUUGCAUAGCCUUCUUGAUAAAGACCUGACAAUGGCGGAACUAGAAAAUUCUUUCGGAAGCAACACAUGCCGGUGUACUGGAUACAGGCCAAUAUUAGACACCAUUAAAUCCUUUGCAACCGACGCCCCUAAAGACGUGUUAUUGGAUAUAGAAGAACUGAAAAUUUGCAGUAAAACAAAGAAAAUAUGCGAACGAAAAUGCUCCACAGAUAGCAUAAACAGUGAUUGGAGUCUUAUAAAAGAUCCUAGUGUUAUAGAAAUAGACUAUGGUCAUGAAAAAUAUAUAAAGGUUUACACUGUGGAUGAAAUUUUUAACGCUAUUGAACAGGCGCACGACAAUUAUAUGUUGGUUGAUGGUAACACUGCUAAAGGUGUCCUUCCAAACUUAUUCGACUAUCCGCCAAUUCUUAUAGAUAUAAGCGAAGUCACAUCUUUAAAACAAUAUGACUUCGACCAAAAUCUUAUUCUUGGAGCUAAUAUCACGCUAGAGGACUGUAUAACGAUAUUUAGGAACGAAGCAAAGUCAAGGGAUGAUUUCACAUACUUAGAGCAGUUCAGGAAACAUUUGGAUUUGGUCGCCCAUAUUCCUGUUAGAAGGAUUGGAUCGUUAGCUGGCAACCUGAUGAUAAAGCACAUGAAACCAGAUUAUCAGUCCGAUAUAUUCCUCCUGUUUGAAAGUGUGGGAGCUAUUGUUACAAUAAAAAACCCACAACAAGAAUUAGCCCUGACCCUCACAGAUUUCCUGGCUCAUGAUAUGUCGGGAUGGCUUAUAAUAAACUUCAAACUCCCUCCAUUGAGUUCUUGUCAUAUUUAUAAGACUUAUAAGAUAACACCAAGGAGCCAAAACGCUCUAGCCAUAGUAAACGCGGCGUUUAAUUUUAAAAUAAACCAAGAUACAAGUAUAAUUGAAGAAGCGACUAUAGUUUUCGGCAAUAUAUCAGCACAUUUUACUCACGCUAUAGCUACAGAAAACUAUUUGACGGGAAGAAAUGUAUUUUCUAAUAAAGUUUUGUCAGAGGCGAUAAGACAAUUGGAUCAAGAAAUUACGCCUGUGGAAAGUCCACCUGAACCUUCGCCAAUGACGAGGAAGAAAUUGGCUAUUGGUAUAUUUUAUAAGUUCAUCCUCAGCAUUUCCCCACCAGACCUUUACCCCAGCAGAUUUUCCUCUGGCGGGUCUUUAAUAACUCGACCCCUAUCUUCCGGGAUACAACAAUACCAAACUGAUCCUACGUUAUAUCCUCUAAACCAACCAGUACAGAAGUUGGAAGGGAUAAUACAAAGUUCUGGGGAAGCUGAAUAUGUUAAUGAUAUACCACCAAGUCGACAUGAUGUGUUUGGGGCGUUUGUACUGUCUACAGUACAUUCUGGAAGGGUUGAUGCGUAUGAUUAUGCUAUUUUGAAAGAACCAGGCGUCAUAGCGUUACUAACAGCUAAAGAUAUCCCCGGAGUAAAUUCCUUCGCCUUCCCCGGCAUUCCUCUCCAAGAGGUCGAAGAGGAAAUAUUAGCAGAAAACGAGAUAAAGUUCUAUGGCCAGCCUAUCGCCAUUUUAGUAGCUGAAAGUGAAAAUCUCGCAGUUAUAAUGGCUGAUAAAGUAAAAGUGACGUAUAGAGAUGUUCCGAAAGCACUUCCAGUACUGACAAUAGAUGAGGCCAAGAAAGAUCCUGAUAGGUACAAAGCAGGGGAGAGGGAUGAUGAAAAGAUUAUACCGAAGGGCACUGGGUCGGAUGUUAGGAAAGUUAUUAAAGGUAAAUACGAGAUUGGUGCCCAAUACCACUAUUACAUUGAGCCAAUAUCGUGCGUGGUGAUACCCGUGGACAAAGGGCUAGAGGUGUACAGUACUGCGCAGUGGAUCGACUUGGUGCAGAUCUGUGUUGCCCGCUGCUUGAGUAUGAAGGAAAGCGAUGUCUUCGUAAAGGUCCGUCGACUUGGCGGCGGUUUUGGCGGCAAACUGAGCCGAAACGUUCAAGUGGCCACAGCUUGUGCGCUUGUAGCAAGGAACCUUAACAGACCCUGUCGUUUUAUCCUACCGUAUGGAACUAAUAUAACUUCGAUGGGCAGAAGAGUACCAGCACAGUUAACUUAUGAGGUGGGUGUAAAUGACGUUGGAAAGAUCCAAUAUCUAAAAGGUAUAAUAAUCGAAGAUGACGGAUGUACACACAACGAAGGCAUUUUAUCAUACGUCGCGGGAAGUUUUCCAAACUGCUAUGACUCUAGCUUCUAUAACCUGCAGACUGGCAGAGUUCUUACGCAACGACCUUCUAACACUUUUAAUCGAGCACCUGGAACAUUAGAAGGUAUCGCCGCUAUUGAAGAAGUCAUGGAGCGCAUAGCUUUCGAAUUAAAAAAAGAUCCCACAGAAGUUCGUCUAGCAAACAUGAGAUCAGAUGAUAACGACAUCCCAGAAUUGAUAGAAAAGUUAAAAGUUCAAGCUGAUUACGAUAAACGUCGGGCAGAAGUCGACCAAUUCAAUAAAGACAAUCGAUGGAUGAAGAAAGGGUUACAUAUAGCUGUAAUGCUCUUCCCUGUGGAGUUCUAUGGCAAUUAUUCAGCUAUGGUCUCCAUAUAUCGUGGGGAUGCUACUGUAACAGUAACUACAGGAGGUAUAGAGAUGGGCCAAGGGGUUAAUACAAAGGCAGCUCAAGUCUGCGCAUACGAACUUGGGAUUCCUUUGGACUUAGUGUCAGUUUUACCGAGCUAUUCCUUCGUUGCUGCUAACAAUGUCUUCUCUGGGUCUAGUAUUGUCAGUGAUAGCGUCUCCUAUGCUAUACAGCAAGCGUGUCAAAUAAUAAAAGAUAGAUUGGCACCGCUAAAAGCAAAAAUGGAUAAUCCUACUUGGUUGGAACUGAUUCAAAAGGCUGGAGAAGAACAAAUUGACCUCGUGGCUGAAUACAUGAUGAACGAUAAGGAUCCAAAGUUGCAAGAAUAUAGUGCAUUCAAUGUCACAAUCUGUGAAGUACAGUUGGAUGUGCUAGUUGGAAGGUUCCAGAUAAAUAGGGUUGAUACGCUGGAAGAUGCGGGGUUGAGCGCUAAUCCAGCUGUCGAUAUAGGACAGGUGGAAGGAGCCUACAUACAAGGGUUGAGUUAUCAUACGUUUGAAGACUUCGUCUACGAUAAGAUAACCGGAAAAUUAUUAAAUGACAGAGCUCUGAAUUAUGAAGUAUACUUAGCGAAGGAUAUUCCUGUGGACUAUAGGGUAUAUUUGAGAUUCAAUUCGAAGAACACGAGAGGCGUUUUGGGAGCCAAAACGGCUGGAGAAAUGGGCGUGUGUACAGGAUAUGGUAUAACAUAUGCCUUGAGGGAAUGUAUCAAUGAAUCCCGAAAGGAUUCCGGUUAUGAUCUCUCAGUGUAUUACGAUUUUGACUUCCCGCGCAACACUGAAGCUAUAUUGAAAGCACUAGAUGUGAAAUUAAGCGAAUUUGUAUUGAAGCCAUAAACAUUUAUUAAAAUAUGAAAAUCCGUCCACUUUCUAUACACAUUUAUACAGCUUUAACUUUAAGAGUAAUAAUAAUUAUUUUAAGUGCCCAGUUUUUUAUCAAGGUAUACAUUUUUAUAGCUCAUGCCACCUAGUUUGUAUAGAAUUUUUUUCUCAUAAUAAAUUGUA